UCAUAGCAUUGGAGCCAUACUCAAGCGUCAGUCAUCAGAAUGUGGCGCCCCAUCAUAGUCCUGGCAGCAUUGCAAUUUGCGAGCGGGGCUCCCAUUACGAGCAGCACUCAGCUGGCGUACUAUAUGACCAACGAGAUCGUCUCUAUGGUAGAGACUUCGUUCCUGGAGACCGCAAGACUGCUCCAGCGAGUGAUCGACGAUGCAGAGCUCUUUAUGCCACCGAACACUCAGAGUCUGAUCUUGGACGCCUUUGGGGAGUUUGUGGAUCUCGUAAAGGAGAUCGACAUGGAUGACUCGGUGCAACUGGAGCUUUUGGCCACCGAUCUCGACUAUCUCUCGGAUAUCUUCGAGCUGAAGGACUCUGCAGAGCUGGAUUCAGAGGCGGAUCGAAUGGUCAUGCGACUGCUCCAAGAGCAUGGCAUCGAUGAUUUCGAGAGCUCUCUGCUCAAGCGAUUCGACACUGCACUUAAGAGAAUCGAAGAGCAGGUGGAGUCCUACAUCAGUGGAAUGUCGCCGAGCAAACUCCAGAGGAGAACAGAAUUUCUCGAUUGGUUCGAUAAAUUCAAAAACGAAAAGGAUACGAUUGAUAAGCUAUCGAUGCUGUUCGAUAGUGAUUAUCUAUUUUAGUUAAUGUUAUAUAGCGGUAGAAACAAACGAAACACAUAAUUCUUUUCAAAUUUGUAUAUACCUACAAAAUACAUGGCACGAUCUUCAAGCAGAAAAAGUUUUAAUAUCUGUUUGUGUUAUCUUUAAGAAUUAAUGGAAUAAAUUAAUGCAGAAUGUA